GUGUCUCAUAACUGGGGGAAGGAACUAUAAAGGCUUCCCUGAGACCACACUACAAAUGCAGCACUGCACUUAAUUGCAUUAUUUGCCAUGAACUGAUUUAAGCUUCUGGAACUGGAUCUGGAUCUUUUUUUUUUUUGCCCUCAUGCUGUGGUGCUGCCUGGGGGAAGGGCGAGACAGAUGGACUAACCCACAUAACAGCCCCCCCCUUCUAAUCUCUCUGGGUGAAGAGAAAGAGGUCUAUCAGACAUCCAGCCUCGAUUACACGCUCUGAUCUACUGGCACCGUUGACUGCCAUCCGCCAGUUAACAGGAUGCUGUUCAUUUUGGGUUCACUACACUUACAAGGAUGAAGGUCUUUGCAGCAGGGGAUCUUCUGCACCCUGAGAAGAAGUGAACAGGACUUUAGGACUUUUUUUUUUUGCAGGAUUUCCCUAGGAAGAACUCUGUGGAACCUUCUAGACUUCUCAAACUACUAACUUAAUUGAACAUCUCCAUCUUGAUUUAGGUUUUGGCAGCGUCGAUCGCAUAAGUAGCCAUGUCAUCCGCUCAGGUGAUAACCCGCAAAGGUGUCUACAACUACUUCCUCAACAUGGUGGCCUACCAGAUAUGUUGCUGCUGUGGUCCUGCAUCAUGUUCUCUAUGCUGCUCCUUCUGUCCACCUGUCAAGUCCUCCACAAGCACCCGCCUGAUGUACACCCUGUUCCACAUCCUGGCCUGCACCGUGUCAUGCCUCAUGCUGUCUCGUACCGUCUCCGAGGCCAUCAGAGAGAAUAUGCCUUUCUUUCAUGUGGUUUGUGAUGAGGCCCAUGGUGGAGGAAACUGUGAUAUGUUGGUCGGAUAUUCUGCGGUCUACAGGGUUUGCUUUGGCACAGCCUGCUUCUACCUGAUGAUGGCGCUCAUUCUCGUGGACGUGAAGUCCAGCCAGGAUUUCAGAGCUCUCGUCCACAACGGAUUCUGGUUCCUGAAGUUUAUUUUACUGCUCGGGAUGGUCGCAUCUGCCUUCUUUAUCCCCACUGAUUCAUUCCUGCAGGCCUGGCACUAUGUUGGAGUGGUGGGAGGUUUUUCCUUCAUCCUCAUUCAGCUCAUCCUCAUCACUGCUUUCGCUCACACUUGGAAUAAGAACUGGUUAACCGGCGCUGCCGAGGAUAAAAAGUGGUAUGUGGCGGUCAUGUGCGCCACCUUCUUUUUCUACACCGUCGCCACGGCGGCCUUUACCUUCAUGUACAAGUACUACACACACCCUGCCGCGUGUCGACUCAACAAAGCGCUGCUGUUUACCAACCUGGGCCUGUGUACAGUCACGUCCUUCAUCGCUGUCACCCCCUGCGUCCAGCAAAAGCAGCCACGAUCUGGACUGUUGCAGGCUUCCAUCAUCAGCUGCUACGUUAUGUACCUGACCUUCUCCGCCCUGUCAAGCCGUCCACCUGAGAAAGUGGAGUACCAGGGCGUAAACGUGACCGCUUGCUACCCUAACGUGGGCAGGGAUGAGAUACAAAAUGAGGGAAACGCUGUUGCGAUCAUCGGUGCUGCUAUUAUGUACUGCUGUGUGCUGUUUGCAUGUAACGAGGCUUCUUACUUGGCUGAAGUUUUCGGACCGUUCUGGAUGAUCAAAGUUUAUCGAUAUGAGUUCCAGAAAGCCACGUGUUGCUUCUGCUGCCCAGAGCAAGAGGAGGCAAAGGAAGAGGUUCCAAUCGACGUCGAGAGCAAAGGAUGCCAGAAGGUGAUCCAUAACGAGAGUCAGCGUGUGGCCUACAGCUACUUCUUCUUCCAUUUUGUCUUCUUCCUCGCCUCCUUGUACGUCAUGAUGACCCUCACCAAUUGGUUCAGCUAUGAGACAGCAGUGUUGGAGACCACUUUCACCCAUGGCAGCUACUCCACCUUCUACGUCAAGCUCUCCUCAUGCUGGGCCUGUGUCCUGCUCUACCUCUGGCUUCUCUUGGGCCCACUGUGCCGCUGUCGUUCCAAUCUCAAACAGCCACAACGAGCACGCAUCAAAAGGCGAACGGCUUCCCAGUGCCAUGUGAGCAUCAGCAUGUGACCUUUUUAGUUGAGAUCCCUCAGGAUUACAGGGCCCGGCUAAGAAGGGUCCUUAUCUUAUCAAGAAAUGUGUGAGACCAGGACUCUGAGCACCGAGGAAUAGAUUUAUAAAAGUCAAAUAGUUGGACUCCUGGGAGCAGGUGAUGAGACUCGAACGAUCGACAUGUUUACGAUUACAGUAUUGCCAAAAAAGGAUUACCGGACCUGUCCCUUUUUCAGAUUAUUAAAUAAUGACGUCUCCUCUAGUGGAUGUAGAAAUCAGAUACCAUGAUACACUAUAUGCACGAAAGUAUUGGAUCACCAGACUUUUUAAGCCAUGUAUGGUUUUUCCCCAAACUUAGAGGCACACAAUUGUAUAGGGUGUCUUUGGAUUUGUGAGCAUAAAAUGAUCCCCUUCACUUGAUUGGGGAGACCCAGACCUUUUCCAGCAUGACAAUACCUCCAUAAAGAUACGAGGUGGUAAGAGUUUUGAGACUCGCUCUGUUUACAAGAAAGUACUUUUAUUUAUCUAUGUUUAUACACCAUCACCUUCAAAAUAGUCCCUUUGGAGAGCAAUACAGUGCUCCCAACAUUCCUGCUACUUCUGGAACGUACCCUUGAAGUCUUCUUCUCGAAGCGUGUCAAGCACCUUCUGCGAUUUGCACAGGAUCUCCACAGUGGUGUCAAAACGGUGACCUUUGAGCUGGAUCUUCAUCUUUGGGAUGAGGGCAAAGUCCGCCGAAUCUGGCGAAUAGGAUGGGUGAGGAAGUGAUAUCAUGUGGAUUGUUUUCCGGCGAUCAUCAUGCACGAGUUGCUGAAUGGUUUCAAUAUAUCCGGGGGGUUGAGCUCGUUAAAGGUCUUCCUGAUCUCUCUUGGUCUUCUGGUGAUGUACUUCUGCUCCUGAAGCGCACGUGCCGCUCAAAACACAGCAGAAUUACACGUUUGCUCUUUGUCAGAAUAGCACCAUUUAGCAUCAUUAGUCUGAAAACUGUUUUCUUUACAUGGGUAGAAGGUCAGCUUCUACUGGAACGCUACUAACACCAUUGUAUCUGAAUGAGCCUAAAUCUUCACAUCCACACUCCAAAAUCUAGUGGAACAUCUUCCCAGAAGAGUGGAGGGCUUUAUAACAGCAAAAAUGAAGACUUAAUGUGGAAUAGGAUGUCUAAAAAGCACAUCUGAAUCGUAUAGUCAGAUGUCCACAAACGUUUGUCCAUAUAGUGUAAGGGGAUUUGAUCUGUUUACGACUUUAUGAAUAGCUUUGUUUUAAAAAUGGCAAUAACUAUUUAUGUGAAUUAUUAGCUGUCCUGUUAUUUGUCGAUGCUGUUGCUCAGUAAACUGUUAACUCUGUUAAGACCACAGAUCCUUCCGCUUCCUGAGUGUGAAUGAAAGCUUUGAACUGUAUUUAAUUAGAUUUUUUUUUUUUUUUUACUAGACCAAACUAACCCUAAUUUGCGAGCUUAAUCUGCAUCAUUUUGUGUCACCGUCAUGUAAAAACUAGCAAUUUUUGUAAAUAUAUUUCUAACAAACCACACAUAAGAAGCUGUUUCUGUGCAGUAAUUCAUGGGGAAAUGCCUUUAGAGGAAAUAACAGUCCUUAUAAAGUGUUUAAACUUUCAUUUUCAAAAUUAUUAUUCUUUUAUCUUUUAUUAGCCUGAAAACAACAUGGCAUGUGCCCCAGGAUCCUCAGAUUCUAUUCGACCAAAUUAGCUCACGUUUUGCUGCAGUUAGCAGUUAUUUUAUGCAUCACCAUGAUCAUGUUGCCAGUCAUGAAAUAAUUCUGCCAGUCGUGAAGAUUAUGAUCCAGAUAUUUGAGCCAAAUUCAGGUCAAGGUGUUGUCGAAGGCACGAAAUACUCGUCAGCAGACUCAAGACACAUACUGGGCACAUUGAAGAACCGUCCAAGCCGUCCAAGUUACCAAUGAAAACACGAAGAAACAUGUUUUUCGAAUGUUGAACCUGAGAUGGAUGUUAAAUAUAGGGAUAGAAGGGAUUUCCUGCCUGCUGGAGCAAUGCUUUUCAUACAGUACAUUACACAGGGGUAACGUCACAUAAAAAAAAAAAGCAAAACCUUUAUUUCAUUGGUCUUAUAUGGCUUCAUCUCUUCAGGGUAGAAAGAAAUUAGCUGUACAAUUAGGAAAUGCUGAACGUAAUUCAAUCAUGUGUCUUAGUAGUUUCAUUACACUCAAAUGCAAUCGUUUACAUUGACGGCAUUUGGCAGACGCCCUCAUCCAGUGUGACUUAGAACUGAGCAGUUGAGAGUUAAGGUACCUGCUCAAGGGCCCAGAAGAGGCAGCUUGAUGGUGCUGGGAUUUGAACUCAUUACCACCGUUCAAUCCAAAGUCCUAAAAAGUGUUCAAAAUCCAAUGUUUUAACAACUGAGCUACCACCACCAAUUACUGUCCAAACACAGCUGUACUUGGGAAAACAAGGAGAACCAAAAAGAGUCAUUUUCCAAUCGGUGUUGCAUUCUAUACAAGGAAACACACUUUGUGUGGACCCUUGCCAUUGUUAUGUAGGUUAAGCAGCUCAUGACCAUUUAGAACUAGAGAUGCGAUGAGUAGGGGGAGUAGUUUGCGCCAAAAUACUGUACGGAAAGCUGAAAUUCUGCAUUUUAAACAUUCCUAUGGAAAAAAAAAGAUAUGGUUUUAUAUGUAGGAUUUGGGUCAGUGGACAAUAAUUGGACACGCAUGAAGGUGAGUAAAAUUAGAGAUACAUGAGGUAAAAUAUGACUCCUUUGAAGGUAAAAGUUACUUUAAACUUGAGUAAAAGUACAAACAUUU